AGAGAGGCUCUCAGGGGUGUCAGGAUUCAAGAAAUAGGCUCUGGGCUUAAAGAAAGUAGCCUCAGAUCAUCAAAGGAAGCAGUUUGGUCCUUGUAAUUUAUAAAGGCCUGUGAAUCUCCAUUUCUGUGACUGGAACACUAUCCUGCCUGCUAUUACCAAGGAAAGUCAUGAUGGAUGAUUCCCAUAACAUCUAUCACUGUAACCUCCCAGACAGUCCUCAGACCCAAAGGGAGAUAGACAAUGCCCAGGUCAUCAUAGCUAUGCCAGAGGGAGAGGAAGUCACCAGCAUCUCAAAGGAUGUGUAUAGUAGUGGAAUACCAAGUCCUCCCCAGAGUCCUCAGAGAGCCUACUCUCCUCCUAUAGUCAUGGGUGCCAUUCCCGAGGGUUCAUCUGAUGAAGCUUCUGGAAACCAAGUAGAUGAGCCAGAAGACCCUGAGUUGUUGCGCAAUGCACUAAAUACAAAGAUGUUUGACCUGGUAUACUUUCUGCUUUUCAAAUAUAAGAUGAAGGAAUUCACCACUAAGGCAGAAAUUCUGGAAAGUAUUGUUAGAGAGCAUGAGGAGUACUACCCUGUGAUCUUUAGUGAGGCUUACAACUGCUUAAGGCUGGUCUUUGGCAUUGACAUGAUAGAAGUGGAUCCCUUUGACCGGUGCUAUAUCCUUGUCACUGCCUUGGGGAUCACCUAUGAUGGGAUGUUGAGUGAUGUCCAGGGUAAGCCCAAGACAGGCCUCCUAAUAGUUGUACUGGGCAUCAUUUUCUUGAAGGGAAAUUGUGUCAGUGAGAAGGUGAUCUGGAGAAUGCUGACUAGGAUAGGGUUGUGUGAUGAAAAGGAUCCUUUCCUUUAUGAAAACCCCAGAAAGCUUAUCACUGAGGAUUUUGUGCAGGAAGGGUACCUGGAGUACAGGCAGUUGCCUGACAGUGAUCCUCCCAGGUAUGUGUUCCUGUGGGGCCCAAGGGCCUUUGCAGAAACCACCAAGAUGAAAGUCUUGGAGUUUUUUGCCAGUAUAACCAAGAGUGAUCCCAGAUCCUACCCUGAACCAUAUGCAGAGGCUUUGAGAGAUGAGCUAGACAAGGCCUAGGCUGGAAUCAUCCAUCAGAUGAUACUACUGAUCUGACCAGCACACAUUCUGGUAUACUGGCAAUUUUCAACCAACAGCAGGUCAGAAAGAAUCUAUAAUCUAAGUACUGUGCCCUCAUUCUGGAGCUGGUGGGAGGAAAGUGUGAACCAUUCUACUCUUGCUAUUCUGUUUGGAGUCUGUAGAAUUCUUGGUAUUCCAAAAUGUUAAUACUCUGGGUACAAGAUUCAUUAGUUCUAAGUUUCCACUUUACAAAUAUCAUGAGUAAUGCAUGUGUUGUUAUUGAUCUGCGUUUCAAGAAUUUUAUUGAUUUAAAAACAAAUGAGAAUGACUUCUGUCUUCAUUUAUAAUAUGUCACAAGAUACUGUAACAUUGAAAUUGGAAUUUCUUGGGA